AUGACUCCCAAGAAGGCACCGGGUCAUCAGAUGAAGUUGCCUUAUGAGAAGGCAUGGUACGUUAUAGGCUCUAUUGAUUCAUACCUUUUUCACCUCUCAAUCUUCACCAGCCCAGUAAACAAUCAUACCGAUUCAAACACGACUGAGGCAUCAGCCAGCACCGAAAAAACCGAGGGUCCCAAUCCCAAGUCUACUUUGGAGGAGUUUAAUGAAUUGAGCUUAGAAAUUCCUUCUUCUCAACAAACCCCAGGAGGAAUCUCUCUGCCAAUAGUCCUACCUGCCGCCAGCCCCGAGUCCGACAUUGAGACCGAAGACGAAGACGACGAUGAUGACCAGGGCGAAGGCGAUGAUGACGAUGUCGACGACGAUGAGUAUCACAUGGAGUCGGCUGAAUGGAAAGCCAAAUCACGCGAUCGAACCCGCAAGUUCGUCAGGGAUUUUCUCGAUUCAGCCAAGGCGCAGCAUAUCAUUGAUAUGAAGAUCCGCCGUCUCGUCGGGGAGAAUGAUUUCAAAUCUUGGCUUUCUGCCAUUGAAACGCAGCUUCGCAUGCAUCAAGUAUGGGAGAUCGUGGAAGAUGAACUUACAAUGUUGGCUACGACCGAUGAUCUCUACAGAGACAUGAUGCAAAUGAAGGAUGUUGCCUGCGCAUUAAUUUUCGCCAAUGUCUCUCAGGAAAUUCGUGAGUGUCCAUGCGUCUACAAAUCGCUCCGGGACCGAGACCCAUGCAUGAUGAUGGGGACCAUCCAUGCACACUUCGGACCCGAAGGUACCGGUGGGGAAAAUUGUCAUUGA